AUGGCGCACUUGUCCGACGUUGCGCUAGCGCUUCAAUUACACGCAGAGAUCAAAGCGGACGACUCAGAAGUGACCAUAAUUCGCAGAAGAGGUGGUCACAGUAGAUGGGGAGCAUCGACCAGUGAACAGUGGAGGCGAGGUCGAUGGAUCAAAGAUGGCGGCUUUGGUUCCGUCUACCUGGAAAAUUGCAUUAGUGGUUCUACUGUCGGCCACGUUCGUGCAGUCAAGAAGCUCCAAAAGGCACGAAGCGGAAACUAUCACCAUGAACUCAACGCCCUUGCACUUUUCUCGCUCGKCAAGUACAGAGACAGCUUUGUGCAAUGUUUUGGUUGGUAUGCCACGGAAGAGCACAUCUAUCUGACCAUGGAGUUUCUACCACAUGGCGACUUACAGCAGUACCUCGAAACUCCCCUGAUGGAGACCGAAGCGCGAGCGAUUACGACACAGAUCUUGGAAGCACUUGAGUACAUGCAUGAGAGGCACUUUACGCAUCGAGAUCUGAAACCGGGCAACAUAUUGAUACAGGCUCCAGGGCCAAACUGGUGGAUCAAAGUUGCUGACUUUGGUAUCAGCAAGCGUACGGAAGAAGGCAUCACAUCACUGCGUACGGCAAUGGGGACACAGCAUUUCGCAGCGCCGGAAGUGAUACUCUCUGAUCAAACUUCUACAUAUACGAAUGCUGUGGACAUUUGGGGAGUUGGAAUGAUUGCUUAUCUCAUGCUUGUAGGCAUGCCCAACAUGAACUUCAAAGACAUCUUGAGAUUUGCCGUUGGCGUCGAUAAGAUGUUCCCCAGCCAGACCAUGAUGGCUAAGAAUCCGGGCUACGAUGCGCUCUCGUUUGUUCAAGCGUCGCUGCAGCGAGACCCAAGCACUCGACCGAGUGUUGCUGAAUGUCUGAAGCAUCGCUGGUUGGAUCAGACCGAUCAGUCUGAUCUGACGACAGAAUUUGUGAGAAAGAAGAACACUUUUGAGAGUCUUACCAGCAACCAUCGCGGCACACAAUCCGAAACCGUUGUGCACCAAUUGCACAGCCCUGCGACUGUUCGCCCGACUGGUGUGGCUUCGAACAGUACCGGGACACUCAUGCCUUCUGCUCAGUGGUCAACAGAUCAAAGCGAGCUCGGCCAGCGCUCCACUACUGCGCAGCGUCCUAGAUCCGCCGUGUCUACAAGCAAGUCGGAGUCCUCGCUGCACGACUCCGGUCUGCAAAAGGACUACCACUCUGACCCAAAUGCACUGGCCACCGCAAUACAACACGAAGCCAAUGCAAAUUCGGAUCACGACGUAAAUACCGAAGGGGAAGUCCCAUCGGAAAAGCUUAUAGCAUUGAAAGUCAGCGUUGAUAGACGGGCGCGGAAUCUUGAAUUACCGCUGAGAGAUCUGUCCACACACACGCUGAACGCGAAGGCUCUCGGAAUUGAUGAUCAAAUCUCUUUGGAAUGGUUCUCGGAAUCAUCCGGAGACUUUGAACAACUUGACGAUGGUCGACCAGAGACUUUCACUGAAAUGUAUCAAACGGCUCGGGGCAGGGGGGUAAUUCGCCUGAGACUGAAUCGUAUCGUUGUUGAUUCUGAGGAUUUCAAAGCUCUUCGCCGAGCCAAAGACGAACAGCUGCUUCGAGAGGAAGCAAAUAUUAAAGAGCUUGAACGCAAAGUGCGGCGAGAGACUGCUAAGCACAGGGCAGAACUAUUGGAGCGAGAGGAGAGGAUGGGAGUAAUCGAAGGGAGGAAGGCUGGUGAACGCUCAACUGGUGUCGCCAAAGCUCGUCGAAACUACGCAGAAGCAGAGGGUGCUGCCGAAGAAGAACAGCAGAAGGAAGAGGUCAAGCUUAGCGCAGUUGAGGCAAACUUGAAGAGAGACAUCGAAGAGAAGCGUGCAGCACUACCGAAAAGUCUCAAACUGCUGAAGAAUCUUGAGGCGAGGGACCAAGAGGCAGGUCAUGACAAUGGACAACACGUUCAUGCACCUGGGAUCGAUGGUCUAGGGAAGACAACCCACACGGAGAAUGAUAGGCCAGAUGUCGAUUAUGAAUGGGAGCGCUGGCAAAGGACCCCUUACCCGCAUGCAGGACGCCGCCCUCAUGACUCUGCGGGGUCUCAGGAAGAGUCUCCAGCUGGUGAUAACCAUACCACUGGCACAACUUUGGAGGCUGGACAGACGCAAAGCAGCCCGGAUGUUCAGAACGAGACCUUCCAUGCUUUGAGAAUGUCCCAAUAUAACAAUCAUGCCAUGGCCCCCGAGUCCCCCCAAUAUAAACAUUCUGCCAUGGCCCCAAGCCUUCCCAAAUCCUCUAAAUCCAAGGCCACGUCUUCUUCCAGAGAAAACGCGGAAGCAGAUCGAGGGUUGCUUGGUUUCUUUCGGCGGCGGAUCAACGGAGCUCGGCAGCCACCAACCACGAUCAACACGACAACGCCUGCUCCUGAUGCCAAGAUCAACAGGACAAAGCCCACUCAAAAUGACUAUUCAUCUUUCCAGUUUUUCCCUAGCGGAGAAGAUACCAUGCCAAUCGUUGUCAAGACCCUCACUGGAAAGUCCAUCCACUUUGAGGUGAAAUCCUCUGACCUGAUCCAACACGUCAAGACCCUACUGCAUGAAAAAGAAGGCAUCCCACCAAACCAGCAGCGUUUAAUCUUCAAUGGAAAGCAACUUGAAGAUGCCAUGUCUCUCGAACACUACAGAGUUACGCAUAAGAACAAUGUCCUGCAUUUGGUUCUCAGACUACGUGGAGACUCGAGCAAUACCGCAAAUUUCAAGGUCUUUGUCAAGAUGCUCAAUGGAGUUACUUUGACGAUACCCAUUAGUAGCACUGCGACUAUUCAAGAUCUUAAAGAGCUUGUUCGUGAGAAGGAGGGGAUUCCAAUACAUCAGAUGCGUUUAGUCUUUGCUGGAACACAGCUCAAGGAUGUUCAAACUCUGGCGGACUACAGGAUUUGGAAUGAAUCGACUAUUCAUCUCAUCUUGAGGGGAUAA